AUGCCUUCUAAAUCUCUCACUUUCUUACAGCAAAACACAACAAAUGGGCAGGGGCAUCUUUAUGAGCGCAGUCCUGCAUGGCGCUCUCAGCCCACUGUACUAGUACCUGUAGAACUCCAACAUGCUCCUGGUAAAGAGCACUCUCCAGAUGCUGGCACAUUCAAGCAAGGCUCCAGACCCUCAGCAAGUUUGUUAAGAAGCAGCAAGUCUUGCACUUCAGGGGAGUCAGUUUCAAGCCUAGAGCCAAAACUUCGCCUCCUGUUAAAGUCGAAAUCGCCGAAGCCACAAGCUUUGGGCCCAAAAGAUGAUCUCUGCCAGUGUAUUAUCGCCACCAUUCAGAAGGGCAGUGAGGGUCCCAAACAUGAGGCGUUUUCAGACGUGUCAGAGAAUGAUUAUCAUUUUAUUCUGGAUGCAAUUCAAUUUGAUGACCAUUUAGCUCGCAAACUAUCAUACGUCCCUCAUCUCCAACAACUCUUUGUCAACCUGCCGACCCCAGUCCACGAAUCGAUCCUAGCGCCUCUGUGCACUACAAUGGGAGCCAUUAUACAGUCCAUACCUCUUCCAUCUGUACUACAUACUGCACUCUGCGUCCACAUGAAUAUCAUGGUCAAGAAGGAUGAAGAUAGCGAAGAUGACGAAGACAAAUGUAACCUCGGCAUUCCUGAUAUGCUCAUUCAACGUGAGACACAAGAUGCCGAGUUCCAUCCACUGUGGCCCUUCGAGAUAUCCUUCUCGCAAUCUUCUGAGGCAGCAGAAGCAAAGAUCCAACUCUUUGCGAACAAGAACCCUCACAUCAAGGGUGGCACCCACUUCCACAUCGCUGAGGCACAAACGCACAAGUUGCCAUGCAAUGAGUGGGCGAUCGAGCAGGAGUUGGAUAAAAAGAAAGUUGGGCACAUCAAACAGGUUGAUGGGAGUGCAGGUGGUGACAGAAUCUCAUCUUGCUCGCACAUUUGGCUACAACCCCUCAAGGUAACCAUUACCACGUGGCUCCAGCCCCCGAACGGACGGUUGAAGACUACAAACUGUAGAGCGCAGUAUUAUGCCAGUGCAGUUCUCUUCCCGCAACAAGACGCUGCUGGACUUCAAAACGUCCAGCAUUUAUUCAGGUGUACCCUUGAAAGAAUUCGUGACUCAACGGUACGGCAUCUGGAGGUGGAGCAUCCUUCGCGCCGCAAUGACCCCCUCAUGGCCUUAAUCAAACCCCUCAAGCAAUGGACUGUUCCAGACACUGUGGUUGUUUGGGACACAUGUGUUGAUGGCUUGGAGACAGCUGCUAAGCAAACGGCAUCCAGGAGGUAUUUGCCAGGAGUUGUGCGGCCGGUCCUCCCCAAGAAGAAGAAGGUUAAGGCUGAACACACCCUUCAUGGAAUUAUGAAGACCUGCCCAAACUGGGGCAAGUCCCUGGCAUACCUCCAUGUCUUCUUGAGGAUUUUCAUAUGUUGUGGUCACACUGACAAUCCUCAUCUUCUCAUCAAUGUCGAUUACAGUGAAUGCAGACUUGAGCUCACUCACAGUCUAUGGCCUAGUUGUCUAGCUCGUGCAAACAUCACUAUCCAAGAUUUGGAAAUGGUGCUGAACAAAGACUCCAAGCUUCCAAUGUACGGAACAUUUGUGAGGCCGAGACCGAUACCUUGGGAGAAGAAUAUCUGCAUACAUAACAAUACGGUCAACAGAGCUAGGCAUCAACAGAAACAAGACUCGCCUGAUAAUACUCAUAUGGUUGCACUAGGGACAAUACCAAGAGGAAGAGGCAUUGGAGAAGACAACCAAUUCUCAUUACAGAGUAACUGA